AUGAUCCAAAAUGGAACGAUCAAGGCUAGUACUGAUCCCGAGACUGGUCGAUGUGUGGUGAAUCUUGAUGAUAUACGGAGCCAAAGGGCCAUACCUCACUCAGUGGAUGUUGCAAGAUAUGUCCGUCGACCUGCCCGUUCUCUUCGUGAAAUGGUCGCCUCAGCUCGGGGAGAAUCCGCAAAUUACGCCAAGAUUCAAGCUAGAGUGCGAGCUCAAGGACCACGUUACUCCAGAUUAGAUCAGCUUCCCCGAUUCAUCUACCGCUCGGAUACCCAUCUCAAUCUGCAGGAACACUUGUCAGAAAAUGUAUCACCCAUGCAGAAUAGUGUCAGAAACGAUGUGUAUCUGAGAAGUCGCUCAUGCGGACGAGUUCGUCAACCACGAGGGUCAAUAUAUGGAAGAAGUGCUUCAAGUGGGAGACCGGCACAAAAUGUGUCAGACUUGGACGAUAAUGACGAAGAGGACCAUAAUGAAGGAAUGCCUCUCACUCAGGUCAUUUACACCAGUGAUGCUUCGACUUCGAUCGUUCAAGAUAAUACUGUCAGUAGCCUUGCUUCACAAUCUACAGAUGAGAAUCCAGGCGUUCCUGCCCGAAGCGGGGACCAUGCAUCCGAACAGAAUUCUGCUUCCUCAUCAUCUCCAGUCAAAAACCAGAGACGAGGCGUUUUGCUCAGAGAUGAACACGGGAGACUGCGGAGAGGUUUCAAACUUCCAGAUGGCACUAUAAUACUGGGUAAACCAAGGUACAAGGAACCUACGGCUGGUAGAGUGUAUGUGAUGCAUUCGAUGGGUAGAAGUGGUGAAAGAGAAGACCAGUGGAAGAGGUUACGAGCACCUCCCGCUUCCUAUAACAAAACUCAGGAAGGGGAAUCUGGAACAGAUGCUUGCAAUGUAAGUAACGAUGACGCUAGGCGUAUAAGGCGAUCCAAACCGAAAGCAUCUGGAACCGAAUCUGCAUCAGGAAAAACUCGGAAGCGACAGAGAUUUCCGGCUCGAUUCUGCACCAUUGAUCAGAUCUCACCACAUCGGAUUCCACAAUGGUCAGAGGAGGAGCUAAAGAAUUUCAAUCGCAAACGUCUGCUCAAACAGAAGGAGGAAGACGAGGAAAAUAUUUUUGUUGAUGUGGUAUCAACAGACAGUACUACAGAAGACAGUAUAAGGGAGCUGAUAACACCUGCUCCUCCACCUCCUACAGCAAAUGGUAUCUCUGAUGGCGGCAACGUAAAAAAGCCUGGUCGUCCUCACAAGAAGUGCAGAGGUCGAUUGGCCAGGCAGAGACAAGCUAUCAAAGAUGCAGAGAUUGCUGAGAAAGUUGCUAUCAAGCACCGCGAAUUGCCUGUACUCGAUUUGACCCUUAAAAUUAUGAAUGACCCGUCUGUGGAAGAG